GCCUCCUGAGAGACUGGGAUCACAGGCGUGCACUGCUCCAGGGUUCCUUGAGCUGAGGGUGAGGGCAGAGCCUCGGGCAGCGGCAGAGGGCAGAUGGUGGUAUCCGAGCAGGCACAAGGCUGGGCUGCCGAGCUAGGCUCGUCUCAUAAGGCUCACUGUGAUCUCACGGGGGCCACACCCUUGAGCCGGACAGGCCUGUGGCUCAGAAGGCCCCAGAAGAGCUUGGGUGACGGCGCUCAUUUGGGAGCCUCUUACCCUGCUGCCGCCAUAUCUCAGAUUUCUAAUCUCAUUCGGUCUCGUUUGUGCGGUUUGUGUGCGGUUUGCUAGGUGUCAUGGCAGGAACCGGCCGGCCGCCAAGACAGACUCGGAGACUUCAAAGCAACAGAAGCUGAAAAAGAUUCAGAAACGCACAGGUCAGAACAAUCUUAUCCUUAACUCUGCAGCUCAAGGCUAAUGGCUGAUCAGCUGUCCUUCUGCUUUAAAAUUCUAGCCUUAAACAGCAGGUGGAGGGAGGUUGAAAAAGAGGGUGUAAAUGGAAGAAAUAUGCCUAUUCUUUGUUUUGUUUUUGAGACAGGAUCUCGCUAUGUAGCCCAGGCUAGGCUUGAACUCACUAUGUAGUCCAGGUUGGCUUUGAACUUGAGGCAAUCCUCCUGCCUCAGCCUCCCAAGUGCUGGGACCACAGGCAUGUACCACUAUGCCCAGCGUGCCUAUUCUUUCUAGCAUCUGUACUUCCAAAGAGAUGUUUCCACGGUUCCUUUACUCAUGCUUUUUUUUCUCAACUUUUAUGAAAGGUCAAAGUAAAGGAAAGAAUUAUGGCGAGAUAGGAAAACAAAGAUUAACUACUAAGAGUUCGUUAAGGGAAGCUUCAGUGUCUUUUCUUCCCUACCAUAGAUGUCAGAAGGAAAAGAAGGAUCAGGACCUCUGUUUUCCCCACUCCAACUCCUUAUUUCCAUGAUCAUUCCUGCUCUACACAAGGCUGCCAUCUACUACAUGCUGAAGUAUUUCAGAACUCCCUGUGGGCUGGACCCAGGAACGUAUGCUCCGGUCAAUGGGCAGGAGUCUUCAACAGAUCUUCCAACACCUGGAGAGUGCAAGAUUAAGUCUUAAGGAAUUUGAUUUGGCAGAAUCAAAGGAUGUGACUUCCCCACCACCUCUCUUCUUGAGGCUCAGGAGGCUGUUGCACCCUGUUGUGUCUGUGAACAGGCAACAUAUUCCACUGAUCACAGCACCUCUUCUGGCUCAUCAAUAAAAAGCUCCAGCCUGUCUAACCUUCCUGCCUUCUCUGAAGGGACAACUUGGCAAUUUCGGAGCGAUUGUUUGCCUGUUUCCCACAGAAAGCAACCAUCUGUGUUCAGGAACCAAGGCACAUCACUGCCACCUUUUUAGCUGUCAGGGUCUGAAGAAGCAGAACAACUUCAGUAUUUGGAACGUCUUUCGGAUUUACCACCACCUAACUCUUCUGUUGACUCUAUGUUUGAACUCCCAAAUAUUUUCAAACAAGAAGAGAAACCAAAAAAUAAGAGAGGGAGCAGGAAUCAUUUGUUAUUAGAUCAUGGGCCAAGUUCUGCUUUAAAUGAAACACCAGCACUUCCAGGGUGGGCCCUGGCCCAGCUCUCUCCUUUGGCUAGAGGGGAGCUAGAAGGACAUUUGUCUUCAAAUGUUUCUAGUUCUGUGCAGAAAUCAUGGGCAAUGCCAAAACAGCCUGGCAUAGAGCAAAGUAUUGUAGAUCUUCCAGAAAAAAAAAUUCAACCUAGUAUACAAGUGACUAACAUGGAGCCGACCCCAAGGCUUCCUUAUGAAGUCAAAAAUAAUGUAAAGAUAACCCCAUUGACAUUGCCUCAAGUCAUGGAUUCUAAAAGAAUGCUUAAUGACUCAUAUCCAUGUAUCACAGACCCACUAGGAAUGACCCCAAGGCCACAAUAUCAAGCCACAGAGUCUGUGGAGAUUAAUACAUUGAUGGACCAGCAGUCUAUCAGACCAGGAAAUAUGAGUCCAGUGCCACAACACACAGUCAUGGAAACUGUGGAAAUGGCCCCCGGGCCAAAGCACAAAGUCAUGGAAUCACUGAGUAUGACUUCAGGGUCACAAAGUCAGUCCAUGGAACAAGUAAAGAUUGCUUUCGACCUGAUACAUCGAAACACAGAAUCACUGGAAAUGAUCUCAACACCAUUACCUCAGGUCAUUGAUUACAUGAAAGUAACUCCAGUGGCACUAUCACAAACCAUGAGUUUCAUGGAGAUUCCACCAGCACAGUCACCUGAUAUAGAAUCUGGGGGUUUGAUCUCGGGUUCACAGUCUCAAAUUGCAAAUUUGACCCCAAGGCCAACUCAGUCAGAUGGUUUGAUGACUUCUAUCUCUUCUACUGCUAUUGCUCCACAGUUACCAUGUGCAAAUCAUUCUGAAUUGACCAGGGGGCAACCGUCAAAAGGUAUGAAAUACUCUGAAUUGAUCCAAGAGCCACAGCUGGAAGAUAUAAAACCUGGGGAGCAUAUCCCAGUCUCAAGGCUUCAAGGUUUAAAAUCUGUGGAGGUGACUCCAAGUUCAAGAAUUCAAGAUCUGAAAACUGAAGAGUUAGUCUUGGGUACAAAGAUUUAAGAUAUGGAACUGAAACUUGGGCCAAAGGUGCAAGGUCAGGAUUCUGUGGCUUUUCCACCAGAUUCUUUGGUUCAAGUUAUUAAGUCCAAGGAGGUUCUUCAAAGGUCUGAACUGCAGAGUAUGAAACCUGAGGAACUCAUUUCAGAGCCACAAAUGCAAGAUAUGAAACUUGUGACUGUUACUCCAUUAAUUGAGCUGCAAAAUUUAAAACCUGUAAAGGAUACUCCAGAUUCACAGCUCCAAUGUGAAAAAUCUGUGAAGUUGGCCCCAAGGCUUAAGAGGCAGGAGGCAAAAUCUGGGAAUGUAACUAGAAGACAAGGGUUUCAAGAAGUAAAAUCUGUGGAUUUAGACCCAAAGCAACGCUUUCAAGGGGUGACACCAGUGAGUUUAACUCUUGAUCCUGGACAGGAUGGCCAGGUAUUUGUAAACUUACCAGGAUGGAAACAUGUGAAUAUAGAACAACUGAAGAAAGGAUUCAAGUCAGACAGUAUAAUGUCUUUGGAGUUCGUUCCAGAGCCAAAAUCAAAAGGUAUAAAAUCUGUACAACUCAAUUCCAAAAUACAGUUGAAAAAUAUGAAACCAUUUGAAUUGGCUCCAGGACCAGAUAUUCAAGAUGUAAGAGCUAAAGCAUUCAAAUAUGAACCACAGUUGCAAAGUAGGAAAUCUCCCAAGUUGACCCCAGGACCACAGCUUCAAGAUAUGAAAACUGUGAAGUUAAACAAAGAGCCACAGAUCAGAAGUACGAAAACUAUUCAGUGGAUAUCAAGGGCUGAGUUCCAAGGAGUGACCUCUGUAGGGCUAAAUGUUGGAUCAAAAUCUCAAGGUUUUAUAUCUGAAGAAGUGAAAUCUUCCAUACAGUCGGGAGAUGUGAAGUCAUCUGAAUUGACUUUAGGACCUAAACUUCCAGGAGCAAAAUCUACAGAGCAAAAUCUACAGUUAGAGUGUGUGAAAACCCCUGAAUUGCUCCCAGGACAGGGGCUACAAAACAGGAAAACUUUUGCAUCAACCUCAGAGCCACAGCUUAGAAACAGGAAAUCUCUGCAGUGGAUACCAGGACCUGAGUUCCACAGUGUGAGAUCUACAGCAUUAAAUGUGAAGACACAAUCUCAACAUGUCAAACCUACAGGGUUGAAAUCUUUCAUACAGCUGGGAAGUGUGAAGUCAUAUGAAUUGACUCAAGGUAAAAAAUCUAUGAAAGUUGACCUUGGGCCACAAGGAACAGUGUGGGAAAACCCCCAAGUUGUCCCAGGGAGCAUGAGCUACUAGCUGUUCGCCACUCCAAGGCUAAAUACUGGUCAUCAUUUUUCCGUGGGGCUAUGGACUCACAGCCCCAAUAGUAACAAUGGUAUCCUGGUCCCCCAUUACAUUUUGGGGUUUUACCUAUAGGACAUGCAUAAAUAUCUAUGGUCUGGAGACCCCUUUC